AUGAUCUGGGAACAGGGAACUGCUAUAAUCGUCGCCAUGACGCGGCUGGAGGAAAGGUUACGGGUCAAAUGUGAUCAAUAUUGGCCUGGGCCUCACUACGAGGCAAGCACGAUAAGCCGACAAGCGACGGAGAGCAGAAGCGCAGCCAGGUUGGCCAGUGCUGGCAGGAGGGAUGGUCACCUCAGUGAUCUGACGAGCAUGGACGACGCCUACUUGGAGGGGUCUGACGAACCUGAGGCGAGACAAGCGUCGCCGGACGACAGCUUGGUCUUCGCCAAUCCCCGUCUCUCGCCCAUGAAUGCUGCAGAUCUGACUCUGCAGACUUGCAGUCCCCUCGACGGCGUCAGACUUGGUUUUGAUGAGGACGCAGAGUCGUCAAGUCCUCUGACGGAACGUGACGACAGAUUGAGAAGUUGCCAACCGCAUCAGGGGCACUCUUUGGCCAUGGAGCCCGAAAUCACCAGGCCGCCGGGGCCACCGGCUGGUCGGUUCAUCUGUACCCCCAGCUUCAGUGGUGCCAACAACUUGAAGACCAUCGCGGCGGCCACCUACGGCCAGAUUCGAGUGGCGCUGCUUGAAGUUAUAGAGCUGGCCUACUACACAAUUCGCACCUUCCGUUUACAGCAUGCGGAGUACGUUGAUAUUAUUGUUGGUGCUUUUUAUUGUUGA